GCUUUUCUCAGUUGGAUUUGCAAACAGAGCCUAAGUCUUUAUCCCUUUUCGAUUCGAUUCAUCUCUGCUGUUAGAAUCGGGAUUCACAUCGUUCAUUCUUGGAUUCCCAGGGUUGAAUUAACUGAUUCCCCGAUUCUUCUUGGACUACCUGGUUCUCAAAUUCAUCUAUGGUCUGACGAGUUAAUUACCAGGUUUGUGCUCCUUGUGCAGUUAGAUAAUAGACCGUGAGGUUAUAGAUGUUCACAAGUGGGAAUUGCCCACAAAGAAUCGUUACAUGUGAAUACUAUACAUCAAAUUGCGUGAAAGGAAUGUUCAUGACAGCAGAUGCAGUGCUCGAAACUUCAGUUAAUGAUGUUACGAAGUCUUCCAGGUUCUGUGUACUCCCCCACUUCCAGAAUUGCAAGGAAGCUACUGGAAUCGUGAAGGUUGAAAUGCAGCAGGUGCUGAAACUAUGCCAUGAUGUUAUCUGGAAUUCGAGCCAAAAUACUCUUAACUGCACUUCUCACAAAUUUAUGGUUCUAAACGGUGAUUUCUCUUUAAAGAAAAAGGCAAACUAACUUCCAGGGCAAUGCUUUGAGAAGUGUUGCUUAUUCACAUAUCCCUUUUUGUGUUCUUUAAUUUAUUUGUCAUUAGGUGCAGUGGCGGAUCUUGUACAUAAAUUUUGAAGAUUCAAAUUUAUUUUAUGAGUUUUGGGUGUUCAAAUAGAUAUAUAAGUGUUUACACUAGCAUCCAUAUAUAUGUAUUUUUGCACUACUAGUUAAAAAAUUUGGGUGUUCACAUGAACACUUUUGAACAUAUGCAGGUCCGCCCCUGAUUAGGUGUAAAAAGUGGAGCUGAUGGAUGAAGUUCAAGUGAGAGGAGUAGAGGGGAUGAAAAUUACAGCUCCUGCUUAAAUUUAACAAGACCAACCACUGUGAUUAGCAAUCCUUGGGAGUUAGGGAAUGAAUAUUCCAAACAAAGUCUUAAGUCUAAACAAGUGGCUUCUAACCUAGCAGAAGCUUGGGAGAAGAAGACUCUUUUGGAAAACUAUAAUCUGAAGAGGAUUGCUAAUUUGGACAACUGAGUGUGAUAUGCGAGAUGAAGAUUGUUUCGGAAAGCUAUAAUGUGAUUAUGUGAAGAUGAUUGCUAAUUUGGACAAUUGAGUAUAAUCUGGCAAAUGUACCACUGAAUGUUGUUUUCAUAGCGUUGGUUUACUCCGUAACAUGAUGUUGGAAAGAUAUAUAAUUGCAAAUUCUUAUGUUUUCUUGUUCAAGCAUCUCGUGACACUUCUAUGCACCCACUAUAUAUGAUGGUACUUCCUAUCAUUAAAACAUUAUGAUCA